UACAUUGUUGUCAGAAAGUAUUCGGUACAUAACCUUCGCGCUGAAGUAUAGUCAAAAGAUAGACCUCAGUAAACUCUUGAUUAAUACGUUAAUUAAUCGAAUACCGUGAACCCGUUCGUGAACGAAUGGAAACGAAGAAAUGCUUUAUAACUUCUGCGAUCCCCGUUUAAGACCAGAAAUUCAAUGCAGCACCGUUUCCACGGAAGGCUGCGAAGUGACAAAUUUGAUAAGCGACAGUGACAAAGGAUUCUUAGCUUACGCUUGCAUUAAGCCUCCUAUAAACAUCGACGUGAAUUUUGUGUGUAACGUCUCCAUCGAUCAUAUUCUGAUCUGGCCGCGAGUUGGUUCCCAGAAAUCGUCAGGCUUCCAAUUGUACGCGAAAACGAGUAACGAUGUCAGUGUGCCUUACGUCUUACUGUCCACUGGAUUUUUGGAUUCCUCCAACGAUGGAUUGUUAUUUUACCCGUCGAACGUCGACAGCGAAGCGAUCUCUGCUCCGUCGACAUUCUUAAAACGUUAUAUAAAACGUUCUCUCUGUCACUUAACGACAUACGCGUGCAGUUUAAGAAUAUGCAUAUGCAAGACAGAGAAUUCGGUGCCUGCGUUAGCUAAACUUCAAGUAUGGGGAGUGGUAUCGCCGCGUUGUGGCAAGGAUACCGUGGCCAGUAUCUCCGCUUUAUGGUUCCAACAACGAUCUUGCUCGUUGGAAUCCGUGGAGGUGGACACACCUAAGGAUAACGAUACACCUGUUGCCAUUGCAGCUGAAGAAACUUUGGAAUCAAGCCUAGAAGUGCCAGAAUGUUUCUUGGACGCUAUCACCUACGAGAUCAUGACCCAACCGAUCGUACUGCCGAGUGGGAAGAUAAUCGAUCAAACCACUUUGUUGAAACACGAGGAAACGGAAGCGUUGUGGGGAAGAAGAUCGACGGAUCCCUUUACGGGUCUGCCCUUUAGCGAAGAUCGCAAGCCCGUCAUAGCGAGCGGUUUGAAAAUAAGAAUAGAUAAAUUUUUGCUCGAGAACAGUAAUGUGGAGGAAAUAAAAAGACUGCCGAGAGUAUUGGGUCGCGUUACAUCGUCUUCUCGUGUCAGUGACACGAGAACCACUGAAGUUCCCAAAUAUCUAUUAAGGAGUAACGCGACAAGUAAAACUCCUAAGUUGCAUUCUCCUACGGUAAAUGUACAAAAAAGGGAAAGUAUUUGUCACAAACUGCCAGUCGUCGUGACAUCUCGCAAAAGAAAUGCUCACGUCGUUACCAAGCCAGCGAAGAGGAAAACGACUGCCGAUUCUUGUACGAAAACGCGUAGCGACCAAGCAACCGUGCCGAACUCAACCGGAGACGAUGAAACGGAUAUAAGUACAGCCGCGCUUAACUUGAAACGUUUUAACGCCAUUCCAGAAACGAACACGUCAAGCACGGAAGUGAUCGAUUGUAGCUGCUGUUCCGAAACUAUUUUUUAUCGGCUUCCGUGCAAUCAUGUGCUAUGCAGGAAGGUUUUGACAUCGAUUGAAAAUAACCAAUGUACAUCCUGUGGCAUGGAUUACACGAACAGCCAAGUGGAGCGAAUACACGAAUAAACGCGUAUAUAAUUAUAAUUUUUAAUAAAUAUAUGAAAUUUGUUUACACUUUAA